GCGAUCCCACAGUUCUAUUUGAGUGGUGGCCCAUUUGAGUGUUUCACCUAGGGCUGGAGGUUUGGUUUUUUCGGUUACAAUCGGUAACCGAAUGGUCGGUUACCGGUUAACCGAAAUACAAGGCAAAGCUACCGCCAACCGAUCGACAACCGACCGGUCGGUUACCGGUUAGUUUCUCGGUUAACUGAGCUAACCGCACAACACAGGCGGUGGUUACUGGUGAUUGCUCGUGGACUGGUCGGCGGAGGAAAUGCGGCGGGGGACUGUGGUUGACGGCGGGGACUGGUGCUGGUGGCGGAGGAACAAUAGCGGUCGGCGGGGGACUGUGUGGCUGGCGGCGAGUUGGGAAGCUGGUCGGGGAGGAGAUGGCGGAGCAGCCGAGCAGGGGCGCGGGUCGGCGAGGGAGAUGGCGGAGCAGGAGACGCUCUGGUCGCGGCUUCGUCUGAAGCCACUUCUGUGGCCUGGGAAGAAGAGAUGGAGGCUGAGGAACGAGAUUGAUUCGUCGUAACCAUUCGCAAAUCGGGAGGGAGGAACUGGGCGGCGACGGUCGCGAUGCAGAGAAGGGAAGGGGAAUUGCGAAUUGGCAAUUGGGGAAGGAAGGACGAAGGGGAAUUAGGGUUAGGCUGAACCGUGAAGAGUGGGAGACUGGGAGGGGGCGGCGACGUUUUGUGAAGGGGUUGGUUGUGUCGGUUAGCCGGCGGUUAGACUCAUCGGUUAGCCGGUUAACCGCCAUAACCAAUUCCCCUACCGAACACCGCCCGCGUGAGCUUUUUCGGUUAGUCGGUUAACCGGUAACCGUCGGUUAUCUAUUUAACCAGCCGGUUAACAGGUAAUUGUCGGUUAUCGGUUUAACCGACCGGUUAACCGGCAACCGAUAACUGAACCUCCAGUCCUAGUUUCACUGACUUGUCUAUUUGGUCUACAACUGAUGACUUGGCACGCAAGGCUGAUUCCUGAGGGUUUAGAGUAAGUAUGUGUGCGUAGUGAUGGUAAUUUCAACCCGCCCCGCGGGUAUUACCCGACCUGAUCCGUGAUGGGGCGGGUAUUACCCGACCCGCAGUAGCGUGGUGCGGGGUAUGGGUAUUUACUUGCGACCCGCCCUGCCCCGCCCCGUUCUAGACUCAUUUUAUCUCAAUUUCUUAUAAUUUCUAUACAUAUUUCUCCUAUUUUGACUUUUUUUCAACUAAUUAUAGUCGCUCUUUCAACUUGUUAGACUCAAUUAUCUAUUCUAUUAUCACUAUUUUUUAUUCUUAAAUUGUUUUACCUUUCGUUUUAUCGUAAAAAGUAAAAUUUACUUAUAUUU